CGCUCCGCUACUGCCCGGAGGCCAAGCCCCGCGCCCGGCCGACCUCGUGCCUCGGGCUCUGCGGCUGGCUCCCCGCGAGCCAGCCCGCGCCGCGGCUCCGCACCGCCCCCCUGGGAGACCCACGCGCGACCCGCGCGCCAUGAGCCCGGGCCAGCGCGCCGGCGGCGACGCGCGGAAGGACGGCCCGGCGGGCGGCGGGGGGCGCCCCGCGACGGCGGCCGGGGCCUGGGCGGUGAGCGCGUUGUGCUUGCUGCUCUCCGUGGGCUCGGCGGCCGCCUGCCUGCUGCUGGGCGCCCAGGCGGCCGCGCUGCAGGGCCGGGUGGCGGCGCUCGAGGAGGAGCGGGAGCUGCUGAGGCGCGCGGGGCCGCCGGGCGCCCUGGCCGCCUGGGCCGAGCCGCACCUGGAGCGUCUGCUGCGCGAGAAGUUGGAGGGACUGGCCAAGCACCGGACAGUCCGAGAAGCGCCGACUGCCUGUGUCUGCCCACCAGGCCCUCCCGGACGGCGCGGCAAGGCUGGAAGAAGAGGCGACCCCGGUCCUCCCGGGCAAUCAGGACGAGAUGGCUACCCGGGGCCACUGGGUCUGGAUGGCAAGCCCGGACUUCCAGGCCCGAAAGGGGAAAAGGGUGCACCCGGAGACCUUGGCCCUCGGGGAGACCAAGGACGAGAUGGAGCUGCUGGGCCUCCGGGGCCCCCUGGACCCCCUGGGGCCCGGGGCCCUCCUGGAGACACAGGGAAAGAUGGCCCCAGGGGAGCAGAAGGCCCGGCGGGUCCCAAAGGAGAGACUGGACGGGACGGCGAGAUGGGCCUGAAGGGACCCCCAGGGCCCAAGGGUGAGCCCGGCAUUCCUGGAAAGAAGGGGGAUGACGGGACACCAAGCCAGCCAGGGCUCCCUGGACCCCCAGGCCCCAAGGGUGAGCCCGGGAACGCGGGGCCUCGAGGAGAAAAUGGUGUGGACGGCGCCCCAGGGCCAAAGGGAGAGCCUGGCCCGCGAGGCGCCGAUGGAGUCUCCGGACUGCGGGGUCCCCAGGGCCUCAAGGGCGAGCAAGGAGACACAGUGGUGAUUGACUACGAUGGCAGGAUCCUGGAUGCCCUUAAGGCCUCGGGGAAGUUCAAGCUGAUGGGUCCUCCUGGGCCACAGGGGCCCCCAGGGCCACCUGGGAUCCCCGGAGCCAAGGGUGAGCUGGGGUUGCCUGGUGCCCCGGGAAUCGACGGAGAGAAGGGUCCCAAAGGAGCCAAAGGAGACCCGGGAGAGGCUGGGCCGACCGGACCCAAAGGGGAAGUGGGCGAGAUGGGCCUGUCGGGCCUCCCGGGCACUGACGGUCCCAAGGGCGAGAAGGGAGAGUCGGCAUCUGACAGCCUACGAGAGAGCCUGGCCCAGAUCAUAGUGGCGCCAGGGCCCCCCGGCCCCCCUGGGCCCCCAGGCCCCAUGGGCCUUCAGGGAAUCCAGGGUCCCAAGGGCUUGGACGGAGCAAAGGGAGAGAAGGGUGUGUCGGGUGAGAGAGGCCCCAGCGGCCUGCCUGGGCCAGCUGGCCCUCCAGGCCUUAUCGGGCUGCCAGGAACCAAAGGAGAGAAGGGAAGACCUGGGGAGCCAGGACUAGAUGGGUUCCCUGGACCCCGAGGAGAGAAAGGUGACCGGAGCGAACGUGGAGAGAAGGGGGAGCGAGGCGUCCCGGGCCGGAAAGGCGUGAAGGGCCAGAAGGGUGAGCCGGGACCACCGGGCCUGGACCAGCCAUGUCCUGUGGAGAAUCCCAAAUGUGGAGGCAAACGAGGGGCGCCGGGCUCCGGGGGGCCCUGCCCUGCGGGCCCCGAUGGGCUGCCCGUGCCCGGCUGUUGGCAUAAGUGACCCCCGCACCCAGCUCACAACCUGUACAGAGGCGUGUGGACGUUUUUAAUUUUUGUAAAAAAAACAAAAACAAAAACAAAAAACAGUAAUAUAUUGAUCUUUUUUCACGGGAUACACCCCCUGUGUCCUUAUAACAUUCAAGAGGGUGCGUGGUGGCCCAGCCCCAGAAUGAUCAGCAUUGGAAGCUGGCGGGAAAGUGGACAAUCCAGUCCAGGGGAAUUGUGUCCUCGUGCGGGGACAGCCGUGGGACUUGGCUUUCCCAGGAAGGAGGUGAAGGUGAAAGCGCCUGGCUCAGGAGAGGCUGCAGAGAUGCUGGGUUGGGCCCUCAGCCACCUGACUACCAGAGAGACUUAGCCUCCCACCCCACCCCCAAAGCUCCAGAGCCCUGGGGCCGGCUCCAUCCAGAAAGACCCAGAGCUUGGACAGUAAAUGCAGCUGUCCCAGCCUCUCUGGCCUCUGGACUCAGCCACAGUCAGCUGCCCACCCCUCUGGGUCCCGGGUUCCCCUGGGCAGGACGAGAUUCCUGCCCAGCCCCCAGGGGCUCUAGCUCCCACCGAGUUCAGGAGGCCUCCAUGAGAACACGUGUCCUCUGGCCCGGAGGAGAGGCCAAGCACUCUGACCACCGCCUGAGGACCCAGCUGCAAAGAAGCCUCAUGCUCCCGGAGUGCGGAGGACGGCAGGUCCCAGACGGGAGGGGCUGAUGCCUCCCGGGUAUCUUGCAGCGCCCAGAAGAGGGUCAUGAUGGGACUUUGCCAGCCCAAGGAGACUGGCCAGCAGCUCAGAGUUUGGGUCUCACUGGCCCCAACUCUCCCACGGGAGAGGACUCUGGCCAGCCUGCCAAAACUGGUCCUUCGGAUGAGCUGUGCAGACGAAGAGGGCCUUGGGGCUGGUUCCGGGCCAGCCUGAGCAGGAGGGUCGGAGACCCAGCCACCAGUGCUCUGGAAAGAGGCUUCCCCAUCUCUGACAAGAGUCCCCAGCUGCUACCUCCAGCCCAGCGGCUUGGCUCCCUUCUCUGUAUAGAUGGAUAUCACUGUGUGUAAUAAACCCCAAUGUGUGUCUGGGUGUGCCUGUCCUUGCACACUGCCCCGAGCACCUCUGGGUGGGGAGGGACAAGGGGGACACUCCCUGGGUCAGAGCCACCCCAGAAACCAGAGGAUUGUUCAGGGUCAGGGCAAAGAGAGGGUUUGGAGUUAGAGAGACAGACCCGGGGCGCCUGGGUGGCUCAGUUGGUUAAGCGACUGCCUUCGGCUCAGGUCAUGAUCCCGGGGUCCUGAGAUUGAGCCCCAUGUCGGGCUCCCUGCUCGGCGGGAAGCCUGCUUCU